CUCGUAAGCCCUAAACUUUGCUGCUGGUUGAAGAAGUUACUCCUGUAGCCAUCAGCCUGCGGUGAGAUAAUCAGUCAGUCAGUUGAGCUAGGCCACCUUCAACAGGCUUAUAGAAAUUCUGUGAACAUCCACUCUGGCUAAAACAUUCUCUUGUCAGCAUGGAGGAUUCAUCCGAUCAGUCCCACUGGGUGUCUCCCACUCUGCUUAGCUCUGACCCCCUUGCUGGUUUCUCCUCUGAUGCGGGUCUGUUGACUUCUGGAGAAGAUGGAGAGGCCUUUUUCUCUGGUACAGACACCGACUAUGCUGGGCUGUCCUCUUUUUUUCCGAACCCAAGCCAUACCCGGGCACCAUCCGGCUACAGACACAGCUCUGUCCGACAGGUUUACACCUCUCCAGGUCUCCUCAGUAAUCUCCAGUUCCUGGAUGGACCAGGCCACACCCUGAGCUCACCCUACAGCUCUUCAGCUUCCACCUGGAACAGCAGUCCCCUCACCAAGUCGACACUGAACUCGCACACCCCAACCUCCCUCUACACCCCUGGGGUCACCUCCUCCUUCACCACCUGCAGAGACGGGUACUCGUCCCCUGGAAGAGAGGGCAGGGAGAGCCCCUGUCUUCAGGAGGCCCUCAAAGCGGAGCGUCUGAGUCCCCUGGGUGGUUCGGGGGCCAACAGCAACUUUCUAAACCUGACUCCUGCAGCCGGGAGCAUGUACACCCCAUCAUCACACUCUCACCCACACAUGCUGAACCCCUACAGCUCGUACAUGAGCGUACCGCAGGAGUACAGCUCCGCAGCCCUCUACUCCAGCAGCGGAGCAUGGAUGAGCCCGUCCUACUCUCCAAAGCUUCGCAACAAGAUAAGGGCAACCACUCCAGAGGCCCGGGAGUGUGUAAACUGCGGAGCCACUGCGACGCCUCUGUGGCGCCGGGACGGUACAGGCCACUACCUGUGUAACGCCUGUGGACUGUACCACAAGAUGAACGGCCAGAACCGACCCUUGAUCCGACCCAAGAAGAGACUGAUCGUGAGUAAGCGUGCAGGUACCCUUUGUGCUAACUGUCACACCAGCACAACAACGCUGUGGAGGCGCAAUGCCAACGGAGAGCCUGUGUGUAACGCCUGUGGACUCUACUUCAAACUGCACAAUGUCAACCGACCGCUCACCAUGAAGAAGGAAGGCAUCCAGACUCGCAACAGAAAAGCCUCCAACAAGAACAAGAAGAGCAAAAAGGCUGUCCUGCUCGAGCCGUACUCCGAAAUGGCCCAGCAACCUCCCCUGGAUGACAAUGUCGGGUCCUUUUCCUUCGGCCCCGGGACUCUUCUAACCUACAGCCACACACCGCACCUCAUCCCAACCCCGACCCCCCUGCACCCGUCUGGCGGCUUACCCUACCCACACCACCUCAACUCGGGCAUGGUGCCCACUCUAGUGUGACUCAGUAGGAGCUAGUGUGCUUUAUCAUUUGUCAUUUGCAUGGAUUUGUACAUAGAGGAUGUCUUGUCAAUGAAGAUUUGUUUAUUUUCACUGUAUUCUAUCACAUUUUAUUGAUAUAUUUUUGCAUGAUGUCAGAUAAAAAUCCACUCAGGUUGCUGCAAAUGUAAACUCGCUGAUAAGAGAUCCGCUCCGUUGUAAAUACAAACAAGCAUCUUAUUUGGUGCAGGUAUCUGCUUAGGGAUUGUUACUCUCUGUAAUGUGAAGUUACGCAUUAGUUUUAAUGUUCAUGGGUCUCUGUUAUGUAUUUGCAUAGACAAUCUAACUACACUGAAAGUAGAGAGAGAAGAAUAAAAUGCUUGACUGAU